AUGGCGGGAGAAACAAGGGACGUUUGGGUUGCUCUUAUGGGCGUUACUGGCUCUGGGAAAAGCACAUUUAUUUCCCAUUGCACUGGCCAGAAAGCCACUGUCGGAAAUGGCCUCCAGUCCUGUACACGCAAUGUUGAGGUCUACAGCUUCACCUACCGACCCGGACUCACGGUUCAUUUGGUUGACACUCCAGGCUUUGACGACACCAACAGGCAAGAUGGUGCUGUCCUCGGAGAGAUCUCAGGAUGGCUCAGCAAGACCUACACCGAGCAGAUCUACCUCAGCGGCAUCCUUUACUUUCAUCGCAUCAGCGACAUCCGGAUGCAGGGCACAGGAAAAAUGAACAUGUGGCUCCUCCGGAAGCUCUGUGGCCGCGGGGCGGUGAACAAGGUCGUUCUUACUACCACCAUGUGGGAGUUGGUCGAAGAGAGCACGGCCGAGCAGAGACUGAAAGAAUUGGAGGAGACGGAGGAGUUUUGGGGAUACAUGAAGAAAAAUGGCGCAGGAGUCCAUCGACACUACAACAACAAAGAGUCGGCACUGAAUGUCCUUAGCCGGUUCGUGCCCCAGGAGCUCAAUGUUGAGCCUGAAGUUAUAAAGCUGGCUAUACAGACUGAGCUGGCUGACGAUCACAAAACUCUUGACCAAACCGGUGCAGGAAAGAUGCUCAACGCGGAAUGGGCUCAAGAGAAGGAGUCUCUUGAGAAUGAGCUUGUUCAAGUCCGUGAAGCCAUCAAGACGGCGACUCAGGAGCGAGACAUGACCAUGGCCAAGCUUCUACAAGAACAACAAGAGGAGAUGAAGCAAUCCGUCGAGAGGAUGCGCAUCGAGCAGGAGAAGCUUAGGGUCACGAUGGAACAGUUGCAUGCUGAGCGACUGGCCAAGAUGAGGGAGAUGCUGGAGCAACAGAGAGACGCUACCGAGUCUCUGAAUGCAGACUUGCGGGAGAAGGAGAGGCAGCGACAACAAGAGCAGAAGCGCCACGAGGAGGAGAAGCUCCGAAACAAGAAACUGGCAGCUGAACAGCAGAAGACUAUUCGUGGUUUGACGGCGAAGCUGAGCCCGGCGCAAUCUCCCAGUGCUGCUGAGCCACCUCCAUGGACUCCUCCGGCAUCUGAAGCACAUAAACCAGCAGGAACAAGCAGGUAUUUUGAACAUACCCACAGCCAGGAUACGGUCUUCAGCCCUCACUGGACGCUCGACUUUACUCCUGACGGGAAGAAGCUGAUCGCUGGCCACAAUCAGAAAAUGAUCUCGAUUUUCAGCCGCAACGACCAAGGUCAAUACCACAUCACACAAGAGUUCAAAUGCUGGAGCACGAGCAAGUGGAAACGAAAGAAGUAUAGCCGAAUCGCCGUCACCAUGAGGCCAGACGGCCGGACCUUUGCCACAUCCGCCGACAACCGACGUAUCCAAAUUUACGAGUUGGAUGGCUCGGGAAUGUUUCGUCAGAUACAAAAGCUUGAUCAGAAGGCUAUGAUGAUGGCCUCGACGCCGGACGGCGAAUACCUAGUGUCGGUCACGAAUAUGUUUGACGGCAAGGUCCAGGUUUGGAAGGGGUUCAAUGCGCCUUUGACCAUGAGGUGCGUUGAAGAGAAAAUGGUGGAGGAUCUUGGGGGCAGUGUCGCCAAACAUAUGGUCUUGAGUUCAGAUGGGCGCCUAGCUUUGGUGUUGAGCGACAAGGUCAUCUUGUGUGCCCUAGACAAGUCCACGGGAACUCUCACCGAAACACAAGUCCUACCUUCAGACUUGAGCACGAUCGAGGGACUGGCAUGGGCUCCAGAUGGCCGCACCCUCGCGUCCUCGGGGUCCAGAAAGGAGCACGUCGAGAUCUGGACCACGGGACACGACGGGCAAAUGCAGCGGGCGGCAAAACUCGACAUGCCCUUUGACUGGUGCAGACGCAUGUGUUUCUCGCCUGAUGGUAACUCCUUGGCCAUUGCGUAUGAAUUUCAGGGCUGGUGUAUGUGGAUGAGGGAUGAGCGGAGCCAUGAUGGAUGGACCAUGGUGUUGAACCGUCUAGCUGACCAGUCGGAUCCAAAAGCGAUGGCGUUUCACCCUGAUGGAAAGUCGAUCGUGCUUGCGUAUAUGAAGAGUCAGUUUAUCUGGAGUAUUGUGAGAAAAUGA